UGACGUUGCUACCAUUGUAUAAAUGUACUUCCUGUGAAACAGCAAAAAUCAUGUCGUCCCGAUAUGACCGUGCCAUCACAGUUUUUUCACCCGACGGUCACUUGUUUCAAGUCGAAUAUGCACAAGAAGCUGUGAAAAAAGGUUCAACAGCUGUUGGUGUACGAGGCAAGAAUAUUGUCGUGCUUGGUGUUGAGAAGAAAUCAGUUGCAAAGCUCCAAGAAGACCGAACAGUUCGCAAAAUAGCCUUAUUGGAUGAUCACGUCGCACUGGCUUUUGCAGGUUUAACAGCGGAUGCCCGUAUCUUAAUCAACCGAGCCCGCAUAGAAUGUCAGAGUCACAAGCUAACAGUGGAGGACCCAGUCACCUUAGAGUACAUAACGAGACAUAUAGCCCAGUUAAAACAGAAAUAUACGCAGAGUAAUGGAAGACGGCCGUUUGGUUUGUCUACACUGAUCAUAGGUUUUGACUAUGAUGGCACUCCUCAUCUAUAUCAGACUGACCCUUCGGGGACAUACCAUGAAUGGAAGGCCAACACAAUUGGAAGAAGUGCAAAGACGGUGCGUGAGUUUCUUGAAAAGCACUACACGGAUGAGUUAAUGGCUGAUAAUGACGAGUGCAUCAAGCUCACACUGAAGGCCUUGUUGGAAGUCGUUCAGUCCGGUGGCAAGAAUAUGGAGGUGGCCGUAAUGCAAAGGGGUGAACCACUCAAGAUGCUGAAUUCUGAAGAAAUUGAAAGUUACAUAACAGAGAUAGAAAAGGAAAAAGAAGAGGAGGCAGAAAAGAAGAAAUCUAAAUCUAAGAAAUGAUUUAUUAUCGUAUAGACAUUGUUAUUUGAAAGUUAUCUCUUAAGAGUUGGUGGCAUGCACAUUUAAAUGCAUGUCUUGUUGUGGAACAGUGAAUAAGCUGAGAGAAACUAUGAAAUGCUAAUAUGUCAUUUCUUUGUGGAUAGAUCCAUUUGCAAGAUAAUUUAUGAAUCUUGUCUAGGAGUGAAGUGAAUAUCAAAGGCUUGGAUUUAUAUUUCGGUGUUAAUUAAGGACAUCUGUUCAGAUAAGAAAGCUUGUUUUAGUUUUAAAAGUUCUAUAAACAUAAUUGUCCAAUCACAUGUAGAAAGGUCAUGGUUCAAGCUGCAUUUACUCAAAAGUACACUGUUACAUGCUAACUACUCUUAUAGAUGAUUGACACCCAAUAGCCGAUGUGUUUUUCGUGCUGGGUUGGCAUUAAACAUUCAUUCAUUCACUUAUAGAUGAUUUACAGGGCUUGAAUUUAUGAAAUGACAUGUAAAGAGUUCUUGGUUUAGCUGCAAUUUACUAAAAAGUACACUCUAUUACCUAUUUAAGAUAUAGGAAUUUGUGUUUAAAUUAUAUUCAUUACUCUCAUAGUUAAUUUACAGGACUCUAAAUUAAUAAGUGUUUUACCUAUGACAAUUUAAAGCCUGCCAACAUUUACUACGGAUAAAUAUAUAACUUGAGUAACAUUUGCAACAGAUAAAUCAAACUUAAAAAGCUAAAACAUAUCCCUUCAACCGAUGGCAAUAAUUUUUAUUUAGCAGCAAAAAUCUGUCAUCAGUCAAGCCAUUUACCUAUGGUAAUUCCUAUCAAAGCUACGGCAAUUGCCAUCAUUAAGUUCGAGCCCUGUGAAUACCAUAUGCCACACUGUUACAUCUUUCUCAGAGUUGCAUGUUUAAUUUCAUCUUUAUCAUUGAACAAACGUUUCUCAACAAAAUGUGUACAAUGAAUGAUUAAAAGAUAACAUGUUUUCAAAA